GAGGCCUGGGCCCCAUAGCAGCGGCGGCUCUACGGCCCGGGGCCCCGGGCGGGCGGAGGUGGCGGCUCCCGGGACCGGCCGCGCGCAAUGAUGUUGUCCACUGGGCAUGUACUGACCAAUGUGGCAGGUCUGAGAACAUAGCUGAAGCUGAAAAUAGGAAAGCUGGGGGCAAGGAAGAGCCUUGAAUCUUGAGGUGGGACGUUGACUCUAAGAUGUCCUUGAGCAGUGGAGCCUCCGGAGGGAAAGGAGUGGAUGCAAACCCUGUUGAGACAUACGACAGUGGGGAUGAAUGGGACAUUGGAGUAGGGAAUCUCAUCAUUGACCUGGACGCCGAUCUGGAAAAGGACCAGCAGAAACUGGAAAUGUCAGGCUCAAAGGAGGUGGGGAUACCAGCUCCCAAUGCUGUGGCCACACUACCAGACAACAUCAAGUUUGUGACCCCAGUGCCAGGUCCUCAAGGGAAGGAAGGCAAAUCAAAAUCCAAAAGGAAUAAGAGUGGAAAAGACACUAGCAAACCCACUCCAGGGACUUCCUUGUUCACUCCAAGUGAGGGGGCAGCUAGCAAGAAAGAGGUGCAGGGGCGCUCAGGAGAUGGUGCCAAUGCAGGAGGCCUGGUUGCUGCUAUUGCUCCCAAGGGCUCAGAGAAGGCCGGUAAGGCAUCCCGCAGUGUAGCCGGCUCCAAAAAGGAGAAGGAGAACAGCUCGUCUAAGAGCAAGAAGGAGAGAAGCGAAGGAGUGGGGACUUGUUCAGAAAAGGAUCCUGGGGUCCUCCAGCCGGUUCCCUUGGGAGGACGGGGUGGUCAGUAUGAUGGAAGUACAGGGGUGGAUACAGGAGCUGUGGAGCCACUUGGGAGUAUAGCUCUUGAGCCUGGGGCAGCACUCAAUCCUUUGGGAACUAAACCGGAGCCAGAGGAAGGGGAGAAUGAGUGUCGCCCGCUAAAGAAAGUCAAGUCUGAAAAGAUGGAGUCCCCUGUCUCCACACCAGCAGUGCUGCCUCUGCACCUUUUGGUGCCAGUGGUCAAUAAUGACAUCUCAUCUCCCUGUGAGCAGAUUAUGGUUCGGACAAGAUCAGUUGGUGUCAACACAUGUGAUGUGGCUUUAGCCACAGAGCCUGAGUGCUUGGGCCCUUGUGAACCUGGAACCAGUGUCAACCUCGAAGGCAUCGUGUGGCAGGAAACAGAAGAUGGUAUGUUGGUGGUAAAUGUAACAUGGAGGAACAAGACAUAUGUAGGUACACUUCUUGACUGCACACGGCAUGAUUGGGCACCCCCAAGAUUCUGUGACUCACCCACCAGUGACUUGGAAAUGCGCAAUGGUCGAGGUAGAGGCAAACGCAUGCGUCCGAACAGUAACACACCUGUCAACGAGACAACCACAGCCUCUGAGAGCAAAGGGACCAGCAGCAGCAGCAAAACCCGAGCAGGAGCCAAUAGCAAAGGCCGCCGGGGCAGCCAGAAUUCUUCAGAGCAUCGCCCACCUGCCAGCAGCACUUCAGAAGAUGUGAAGGCCAGCCCUUCCUCAGCUAAUAAGCGGAAAAAUAAACCCCUUUCAGACAUGGAGCUGAAUUCUAGCUCAGAGGACUCCAAAGGGAGCAAGCGUGUCCGUACAAAUUCCAUGGGCUCAGCCACUGGCCCCCUCCCUGGGACCAAGGUGGAACCCACUGUUCUAGAUAGAAAUUGUCCCUCUCCAGUUCUAAUUGACUGUCCCCACCCAAACUGCAACAAGAAGUACAAGCACAUCAAUGGACUUAAGUAUCACCAAGCUCAUGCCCAUACAGAUGAUGACAGCAAGCCUGAAGCAGAUGGAGACAGUGAGUAUGGAGAAGAGCCCACCCUCCAUGCAGACCUCGGGAGCUGCAAUGGUGCACCUGUCUCACAGAAAGGUUCCUUGUCCCCUGCCCGUUCAGCUACCCCCAAAGUUCGGCUCGUGGAGCCUCAUAGUCCCUCUCCUUCAAAUAAAUUCAGCACAAAAGGCCUCUGUAAGAAAAAAUUGAGCGGGGAAGGGGACACAGACCUUGGGGCCUUAUCCAAUGAUGGCUCUGAUGAUGGACCCUCAGUAGUGGAUGAAACAAGCAAUGACGCCUUUGAUUCUUUGGAAAGGAAGUGUAUGGAAAAAGAGAAAUGUAAAAAACCCUCUAGUUUGAAACCUGAAAAGAUUCCUUCCAAGAGCUUAAAGUCAGCCCGGCCCAUUGCCCCUGCUAUCCCCCCACAGCAAAUCUACACUUUCCAGACAGCUACCUUCACAGCAGCAAGCCCAGGCUCCUCCUCAGGCUUGACCACCACAGUGGUUCAAGCCAUGCCUAACAGUCCUCAACUCAAGCCCAUUCAGCCCAAGCCCACUGUUAUGGGAGAACCUUUUUCAGUCAACCCUGCCUUGACUCCAGCCAAGGACAAGAAAAAGAAAGACAAAAAAAAGAAGGAAUCUUCUAAGGAACUUGAAAGUCCUCUGACCCCUGGGAAGGUAUGUCGAACAGAAGAAGGCAAAAGUCCAUUCAGGGAAUCAUCAGGAGAUGGGAUGAAAAUGGAAGGACUCCUGAAUGGCUCAUCAGACCCCCAUCAAAGCCGACUGGCUAGCAUCAAGGCUGAAGCUGAUAAAAUCUACAGCUUCACAGACAAUGCCCCCAGCCCUUCAAUUGGAGGCAGCAGCCGCCUAGAUAGCACAACCCCUACCCAGCCCCUGACUCCCUUACAUGUAGUGACCCAGAAUGGAGCUGAAGCCAGCUCAGUCAAAACCAAUAGCCCUGCAUACUCUGACAUCUCUGAUGCUGGGGAGGAUGGGGAAGGCAAGGUGGACAGUGUCAAAUCAAAGGACCCUGAACAGUUGGUUAAGGAAGGGGCUAAGAAAACUCUUUUCCCUCCUCAGCCACAGAGCAAAGACUCACCAUAUUAUCAAGGCUUUGAGAGUUACUACUCUCCAAGUUAUGCACAGUCUAGCCCAGGGGCUCUGAACCCCAGCAACCAGGCAGGAGUGGAGAGCCAGGCCCUGAARAUGAAAAAGGAUGAGGAACCUGAGAGUAUAGAGGGGAAAGUGAAGAAUGAUGUCUGUGAGGAAAAGAAGCCUGAACUGAGUUCCAGUCAGCAGCCCUCAGUCAUCCAGCAACGGCCCAACAUGUACAUGCAGUCCCUGUAUUACAACCAGUAUGCCUAUGUGCCCCCCUAUGGCUACAGUGACCAGAGUUACCACACUCACCUCCUGAGCACUAACACGGCUUACCGGCAGCAAUAUGAAGAACAACAGAAAAGGCAGAGCUUGGAGCAGCAGCAGCGGGGACUGGACAAGAAGGCAGAGAUGGGCCUGAAGGAACGAGAGGCAGCACUCAAGGACGAGUGGAAGCAAAAGCCGUCAAUUCCACCUACCCUCACCAAGGCUCCCAGCUUAACAGACCUGGUGAAGUCAGGACCCAGCAAAGCCAAGGAGCCAGGGACUGAUCCUGCCAAGUCAGUCAUCAUUCCCAAGUUAGAUGACUCUUCAAAACUCCCCAGCCAAGCCCCUGAAGGCCUUAAAGUGAAGCUGAAUGAGACCGGCCACCUAGGCAAGGAGGCCUCUGAGGCUAAGACAGGCACAGAGUGUGGCCGACAGGCAGAGGUGGAUCCAAUACUCUGGUACCGACAGGAGGCAGAACCCCGGAUGUGGACAUAUGUUUAUCCUGCCAAGUACUCAGAUAUAAAGUCAGAGGAUGAGCGGUGGAAAGAGGAACGGGAUCGCAAAUUGAAGGAGGAAAGGAGUCGGAGUAAGGACUCUAUCCCCAAGGAGGAUGGGAAGGAAAGCACAAGUAGUGACUGCAAGCUGCCCACGUCUGAGGAGUCCCGCCUUGGGAGCAAGGAGCCGCGACCAAGUGUCCAUGUGCCUGUGUCCUCUCCCCUCACCCAGCACCAGUCCUACAUCCCUUAUAUGCACGGCUACUCCUACAGCCAGUCCUAUGAUCCCAACCACCCCAGCUACAGGGGCAUGCCUGCUGUGAUGAUGCAGAACUACCCAGGUUCCUAUUUGCCUUCCAGCUAUUCUUUCUCCCCAUAUGGCAGCAAGGUCUCAGGUGGUGAAGAUGCCGACAAGGCACGAGCCAGCCCCAAUGUCAGUUGUAAAUCCAGCUCAGAGUCCAAAGCCCUGGACAUCUUGCAGCAGCAUGCCAGUCACUACAAGAGCAAGUCUCCCACGAUAAAUGAUAAAACUUCUCAGGAGAGAGAUCGGGGAGUCUGUGGGGUGGUUGGGGGUGGCAGCAGCUGUAGCAGUGUUGGGGGAUCAGGCGGGGGUGAUCGAAGUGUCGACCGGCCCCGUACCUCCCCUUCCCAGCGUCUGAUGUCCACACACCACCACCACCACCACUUGGGGUAUUCAUUGCUCCCAGCACAGUACAACCUACCCUAUGCAGCAGGGCUUUCUUCUACAGCCAUUGUUGCCAGCCAGCAAGGCUCAACUCCCUCACUGUACCCACCCCCCAGGAGGUGAGAAUGAACACCAAGUGCCCGGAUAAAGUCAACUUCACGGGCCUGGACUGGCUCACCCAAGGAGGUGCUGGACGUGCCAUUUAGACAUCAGUUAAAUGGUGUUGAUCAUCCUGUUUGCCGUUCCUACCAUGACUGAAGGCAGACCCUUGGCUCUCUCGCCUCCACCAGACCCCUGGAACUCCCUGACCCUCCCUCUUCCUCAGGACCUGGAGAGCUGAUACUUAGCAAAAAUAUUUAUUCUCUAAGCCACAUCAUGGCUUUGUCACCUCUGUGGAGAUGAAGGCACGGGGAGCAACCAGGGGAACAACCAGGGGAACAUGGCCUCAGCCCAGAGAAGUCACUGCUCUUUUCCCCAAGGCCUUGGUCUGCUACCGGAGCAGUACACCCCCAGAGAGGGGACCCCACCCCCACCCCGCAAGCGCUGGGUAAGGUCUGAAGACAGCACAGCAGCCAUACCCCCUCUACCAUCAUUACCACCAUCAUCAGUUCCUGCAUCUCCCCAGUGGUUUGGGCCCUGGGAACAGACAGCAUGUGGAGGAAUUAGAAUCUCAGGAAAAGAUAUUGGGGGGCUGUUUUCUCUGUGUGAAAACAAGGUCUUCAAACAUAGAGGACCAGGACCCCUCCCCCCACCCCGCCGCCCAAUGUGAGCACAUAUAAACGCUCAGAGCCUAGCCUAGAAAGGAAGACCAAGGCAUUUGCCCCACCAUAGCCUUGAAGCUGCCUGUCAAGCAGAGGGGCAGGGGUUUCAACACCAGCACAGGGCUCCCCAGGGAUACCCUGAAUGAGUUGGAGCAUGAAAUUGAAACUGCAUCCCCACUAGGUCCUGCUGCUUCUUAUCUCCCAACUCCUUGUCUUUUUCUCUUCCCUCCUAACCCCUUGGUGCUUUUCCCAGGGGGAUCCCCACACUGAUCUUGCCUCUUCUUUUCCACUGCUUGGCUCUUAAGACUCAGGCAGAUAAAAUAGUAUUCCCCCAGCAUGGGGAAGCUUGGAGUCUACUGGGUCACUUUAGGGCAAGACCCAGAAGGCAGGCCCUGGGAGCACCCAGCAGUUCUUGGAGAUGUCCUGUGCAUUCAGCCAUUUGAGUAACUUCCUCAUUUAGGGCUACAAAUGUAUACAGCCCAGUUCUGUCAACAAGUACAUGACUUUAUAUAGCUCAAUCUAUAACCUCCGUGUGUGCCAAUAUAAACUGUGUCUUUGUAACACAAGUUUUUGUUUUAGGGGCCACUGGCCAUAGGAGGCCUUUUGUUCCUCAGACCCUGGGAAAAUACAUCCUAGCAUUGCUUGUCAGAGUUGUAGUGAAUUCAGUGGAGCUGUGCUUUGAGAUAGCAAACAUUUCUCUGCUUUCCUUAGAAAUUCAGUCUCUCUGGGUCCAAGCUUUAUGCUCUGUACACUGGGAAAAUGAUAAUGAUUCAGUGCUUUAUUGGAGUCACUUCUUCCCUGGAGUGUGGGAAGUAUUAGCUCUUUGCUUUUGUGAGGGGUCAUCUCUUUGUUCUCCUCCCCUCCUAUCUUUCUUUGACCCUCUGGAUUGAGAGAGAAAGAUUGACAGACACUUGCCAAGGCUAGAGAAUUUGUGACCAGAGUGCCAAAAGUGACAAUUUAAGAGCAGGAAUAUGACUGUGACUUAAUUUGGAGAAUGAGAAUAGGAGGACAGUAAGCACAAUGCCCAGUUGAGGGUGGUUUCUAAAAAUUCUGCAGCCCUAUACAUAGAUGGGCCUAGGUCAUUUGUCCAAGAGGAGAGCCCCUCUGAUCUACAGACCUUUUCUCUAGACUCUCAAGUCCUUGUUUUUUGUUCAUGUUGGGUUCUUAGCCUUCCCCAAAAGCCCCUUACUUUAGACCUGUUGACAAGGUCCCAAGCAGCCUCCCUCACAGCCAUCAUCCCUCUGCCUCCUGCUGCCCAGUGGGUAGUGCCCUGAAUAGUGACUUCCCUUUUAUCUAUGGAAGUAGCUGGAAGACAGCUUCAUUCCACCUAACCUGAGUCACCCCUACCAAGAGAGUGACUAAAUUUCAGCCUAAUUAUGCCUUCCCAGGCUCCUGUGGGGUGGAGCCAAGAGCCCAUCUCUGUUGUUUUAAAAUAUUGUGUGUUUGUAUCUGUGGCGCUGGCCUGCAGCGUGCUCUGUACAUAUUGUAAAGAAACCGUUGGAAUAAUUUUCUUUCUCUUUGGGCAGGCAUGGCCCCACACUCCUGCCUUUCCACUUAGUUCUGUGACACAGAAAGGAGGAACUUCUGUAUUUGUAGAGCAGCCUUGGAUUUUGCAGAAGGGAACAGCUGCUUCCCCCCACCCUUUAAAAAACAUUUAGCUCUUUGAUCCUUAUAUCAAAAGUCUCCCUCAAAGAGUAGGAGCUGCCCAGAAGAGCAGGUGAAAACAACAGUGGCAGAAUGGCACUGCCUGCCUUCUCUUCACCCUGAUCUUUCCUGGGUACAAUCUUCCCUGAAAUAACAUGAUGCAGAAGUAGAAGCAGCAGCUGUGGUGAAUCCUUGACAAGUGCUAAGUGAAAGAUUUGCUGUCCACCUCUCCUAUAUGGGGAGGAGCAACACAGGUAAGGGCUACCUGUGGCACCCAUGACCUAGUCAGAGGGAUGAGACACUCAACAAUGAUCUCUACCCCCACCAGCAGAGGCUAGAAAAGGUUACUGGUCAAGGGUCCAGACACCCAAACCAAGCCUCUCUCUGAGCCAUCCCUGCCCAGGUCCCUACAAACAUAGCUCCCUGGGCACUCCCAUGGAAGAGAAGCUACAGGGAAAGAGGACCUCAUCCCCAGGAAGGGCAGCUUGGAGAGCUGCUCUUUAGGAUUCAUGACCGCUUCCUCAUUUAAGGUGUGCUGGUUCCCUUCAUCCUCAGUCCCUGCCUUAUUCAUGUGUGUGUGUGCGUGCAUGGAGUUUCCUUCUUUCCCCACUUUCUCCACACAUCUCAAGGACAAAGAACCACACACAGACGGGUAAGAAGGCACCCAAUGAGAUGAAAUGGUCAUUUCUUGACUUUCUUCUCCAGACUCCAGGGUGUAGGGGUAGGAGAACUUAGUUUAAGGAGUUGGGGAUUAAGACUACAGAAGGGCUAGAGAAUUGUAUAGAAGCUUUGAGGCCCCUUCAUGUCACAUACUUCCCCAUUUGUCCCAUUUCCAUCCCAGUGUCUACUUUGACGCCCCCAAGAUCCAACUGGGCAGCUAGUUGGCUCCAGAAUUCUGGGCCUUUGUCAUUUGUUUUAUUACUAGGGCAUCCCAGGAAGCUUUCCAGUGAUACCCUGCCAUGGGCUCCUUCUGAGAUUGAGCUCCUCCCAGGCCCUGUCCCCCAGCCCCUCCUGCCCGAGCCCACCCGCUUGCCUUGGUGCUCAGCCCUCCCACUGGGAGCAGGUUGGGGCAAGCUGGAGGCCAGGGCUGGAGGGGCAGUGUUGCUGUUCAUAGCUUUUAUUCCAUUGGCGUUGCUCUGUUGGAUUUAAUUUCAGUCUUCCUGAUUGUUCCCUUCUGUAAAAGUGUAAAUUACCAAGUUCCUUGUUUUUUUUUAUAUAUAUAUAUAAAUAUAUAUAUAUACAAACUGUACUCUUUUUGCCUUUGUACAUUCAGGCAAGAAGAGAAAAUAAAUCUUUUUAAGAGACAAUCACAAAUCUGUGAGGGCUGCUGGUUAUUUCUCCUGGAGUUUGCUGCUAAGCUGCCUCUUCCUUCCUCCGAACUUUUCUGUUUUCCCUCAGCUUUCCCAGUCUUCUGGUCCUGCUACAUGUGCAUCCUCAGCUUCCCUGGCUAAUGGCAAGCUGUUGAAUCUAGUGUCCCAACUACCUGCCCUGUAGCCCUUUCCUGCCCAGCAUUGUUUUCUGACUUGGUCACUGGCUUAGCCCAGAAGCUCUGUCCUAGCCUCUCCUCUUUUCACCCUUAGACCCCACUCACCAAAGUGGCUUUGGACCCCUUGGUAUUCUGGGACCAAUCUCCCAGAGGCCCUAGUUUGGAUGCUCACCCAAGAACUAUGCAGCUGGGAGCUCUCUACCUAAGAGUUUGCACUACUUGAACCCGCCUGGGGGGUUAGGAAUGACUGGAAAAGGACUCCUAUUGCUCUACCCAUCCCACCCUCACACAUUCCAGUCUCCAAAGUGCUCUGCUCCAGAGCCCAGAGAAUCAUUCUUUGCUGGUGGACUCCUAUGUUACCCCAUCAGAAAAAGGGCUAAGGGGUUAUGGAUCAAGAGCAUUUGAUCAGAAUUUAAAAGGGUGGUAUCUUCUGAAACACAGCCCAACCAAACCAUUGUUCCCCAUUUCUCCUUUCCUCUGCCUUCCUACUUCCCUGCUUUUUUUC